GUUAAGUUCGAAUUUACGGCUAAAAGCGGCACAUAAAUUUUACAGUUUGUGAAUAGAGAGAAACUCAAGGAGGAAAGAGAGAACUUCCAAAAUAUGUGGUGGAAGUUGUAGUAUAAUUUAAACGCGAAUUCACGAAAACUUAUCACCAAAAAUUAAUAAAAAGGAACUUUGUUGCAUACUUUUUGGCAUUCCACCAUUGAAUUUUUCAGAAUAUCAGCUGUUUGUGUGAAGAAAUAUAAAGAAUUUGCCACGCUGUACGCGCUCAUUUUACGUGUAUGCAUUUUAGUUAGUCUCAGCUAAAUUUGGCAAGUGUCAAAAAUUAUGUCUGUAUAAUUUGGAGCAGUGUUGCCCACCUAAAUUCCUGUUUACAUGGCGAGAGAGUGAAGUGUGAAAUUGCCACUGGUGAAAACAAAUUAGAAUAAGCGCACAAUUUACAUCACGCGAACAAUAAAAAUAUUGCCCUAAAACACAAAAAAACACAAAAAACAAAAACAACAACAUAAAUAAUCAUUAAAAAGCGUGACACAGUCGACGUCAUCAACGACGAUAGACGAUAAACAAUAAUUAUUCAAACAAAUAGGCAUUCUUCGAGUGAAACAGAGCGGCUCUGGAAAGCGUCGCAAAGGCAGAAGUAGGGAUUCCGAUUAGUGUGCAAUGGUAUUUGCUGCAUGGUGCAAUCCUUCGGGCGCACUAAUGUUUCUGGCAUGCUCGCUAACAUUGGUAUUCGCUAUUAAUGUGCCCACCAUAGCGGCCACGAGCGGAAACGGUGCUCAUGCCACGCCGCUUAAUGGCAGGAAUGACGUAUUCACCAGCUCAUUUUUGGUGCGUUUCAGGCGCAGCGUUGACAAUGACUUUGCUGGCGAAGUAGCAACGCGCUAUGGAUUCGAUAAUAUUGGACCCUUAGUUGGAGGAAAUGGAAACGAGUACCACUUCAAGCACAGGUCAUUGCCGCACGCUCGCUCAAGGCGUAGUAUUUCACAUACGCGGCUGUUGAAGAGUCAUCCAUUGAUUCAUACCGCGAUUCAACAGCCGGGUUUCAAACGUGUCAAGCGUGGCUUACGUCCGGCGAUUCCAUCAAUUCAUGGUCUCAAAUUCGAUGCCACCUACAGCUCACAAACGAUUGGCGUUGAGCCCAGCGAUCCAUAUUUUCAGCUGCAGUGGUAUCUGAAAAAUACGGGUCAAAAUGGUGGAAAGAUGCGUCUGGAUCUAAAUGUGCAGGCCGCAUGGGAUCAGGGCAUUACCGGGAAAAAUGUGACAACUGCAAUAAUGGACGAUGGUGUCGAUUAUAUGCACCCUGAUUUGAAGUUUAACUACAAUGCAGAGGCUAGUUAUGACUUCAGCAGCAAUGACCCGUUUCCUUAUCCGCGCUACACCGACGAUUGGUUCAAUAGUCAUGGCACACGAUGCGCCGGUGAAGUGGCUGCCGCCAGAGAUAACGGUAUAUGCGGCGUUGGCGUGGCUUAUGACAGUAAAAUUGCAGGCAUACGCAUGUUGGAUCAGCCGUACAUGACCGACUUAAUCGAGGCCAAUUCGAUGGGUCAUGAACCGCAUAAAAUACACAUCUACAGCGCAUCCUGGGGGCCCACCGAUGAUGGCAAAACAGUUGACGGACCACGUAAUGCCACUAUGCGUGCCAUAGUGCAGGGCGUAAAUGAGGGCCGCAAUGGUUUGGGAAAUAUUUACGUGUGGGCAUCAGGAGAUGGCGGAGAGGAGGAUGAUUGCAAUUGUGAUGGUUAUGCAGCCUCAAUGUGGACAAUUUCCAUUAACAGUGCCAUUAACGAUGGACAAAAUGCACACUACGAUGAGAGUUGUAGUUCAACGCUGGCCAGCACAUUUAGUAAUGGUGCCAAGGAUCCUAACACUGGAGUGGCUACCACUGAUUUGUAUGGCAAAUGUACGACUACACAUUCUGGAACGAGUGCAGCGGCGCCAGAGGCCGCCGGAGUUUUUGCUCUGGCGCUCGAGGCAAACCCAUCCCUCACUUGGCGCGACAUUCAGCACUUAACUGUGUUAACUUCAAAGCGUAAUUCACUGUUCGAUGCUAAGAAUAGAUUCCACUGGACUAUGAACGGUGUGGGCUUGGAAUUCAAUCACUUAUUUGGCUUUGGUGUUUUGGAUGCUGGUGCUAUGGUGACACUGGCAAAACAAUGGCGUUCAGUCCCAGCGCGUUACCAUUGCGAGGCUGGCGAAAUAAUGGACCCACACCCAAUUUAUACUGGCCGCUCAAUGUUUUUGGAAAUAAAAACGGACUCUUGCAAAGGAACUGAUACCGAGGUUAAUUAUUUGGAGCACGUACAGGCAGUGAUCUCAGCGAAUUCCACAAGACGAGGCGACCUAGAAUUGUUCCUUACUUCGCCAAUGGGUACCAGAUCAAUGAUAUUAUCACGACGUGCCAACGAUGAUGAUCAUCGUGACGGUUUUACAAAAUGGCCUUUUAUGACUACACAUUCAUGGGGCGAAUAUCCGCACGGCACAUGGAAAUUGGAGGCACGGUUCAACUCACCACAACCCCGUUCAGGCUGGCUCACCGAAUGGUCGCUGGUAUUGCAUGGUACCAAAGAAGCACCCUAUCGUACACUCUCACCCGCCUCACCGCACUCCAAGCUGGCUAUAGUGAAAAAGGCGCAUGAGGACAGAAAAAUGCAGUAGACGACAAGUCAGCCACCCACAAAAAUCAACUCCAUUGCUGUGGCGAAAUACAUUGAACACACACACACAUAUAUAUAAAGAAGGCGGAGAGGCACAAAUCAAUAGAACAAAUAAAAUAUAAAUAAAUGUGUGGAUGCCAACGGGUCAACGUUAAAGCAGGUGGCUAUGCCGCAAAUCAGAGUUUCAAUAGAAAACAAAUACCGUUUUCAAUAGACAAAAAACUUCAAAGCAAACACAAAAAAUAAUACAAAUCCAAGAACAUCACGUAUGCGGCUGAAAAGAAAUUAAUUCAAUUUUUUUAUGCAUUAAAUUGUACAAAAAAGUACAAAGAAAUGUGUGUGGAAAAAGGCUUAAGGCCUAGUUAGUCUUGACUUAAUUUAAUAUAGGAAAUAGACAAUUAAUUUGAGAAAAUUAAUUUUUUUUUGUUAUUUUUGUUUCAUGUUUUCUUUUCCAGAUGUUUGAUAUUUUUUCCGCCUAUAAUGGCAUAUCCAGAGCGAAUCUACUAAAGGUGGUAGGCCAGCUGAUUUUUUUUUUCGUCGUGCACAAAAUUGAAUAGCGAAACAUAUUGCUUACGUUGAAAUUUGUAAUUGUUUUGUAAUGAAUUUAAAUCCAAAAGUUAUUAUGAACAUUUUCAAAUAAUUUCAAGCCGACAAAUAAAUAAACUUUGUUCUAUUUCACCUUCACCAAUGAGCAAAUUCUUUGUUUUCUAUUUUGACAUGGCAUUCUACGCUACAAAAUGUUGUUGUUUGCCUAGUGCACCCCCUUUAAUGAACUCGCCUCAAAUAUAUUCGUUUGAAUAACUGGUAUUUAAAACAUUUGAAACGAUAAAAUCACGAUGAGAAAGCUGUCGCAGACAUAAACUUCCAAAUACGCAAAGGUUUAACGUUAUGCGUUUUUUUCAUAUUCGUUUCGAUGUUAAAUAUGGAGACGAAAAGCAAAGAGGUAUACAUUAUUUUAUUUUUUAGCUAAAAUUUAACUCAACUUAACUGUAAAUCUUAGCUUCUAAGUUCUAGCCUCACGUAAAUUCAAAACGUUGAGAGAGGGGCUUACCAUAUCUUCGUUUUAAAAAUUCCUAAAAAUAAAUGUUUGCAAAAAUUCAUUUUUGAAAAGUAUUUAUUUGAUGUAGCUUUGGAUAUGGAAGAGGAGCUGCGCAGUUAAAUGGUUGUUAAGCACUUUUUUAUGACAGAUAUUUUGGCUGAUUUUCAUAACAGUUAAACUUGAACUUUUAUUUUUCUGUACUAAAAGAAAAGUUAAUGUAUGAGAGAAAAUUUAAUUAUCAUUAAAAAAAGUCAGCUUAAGACUUAAAAUGUGUAGGAAUAUAAUUCUUAUUCCUUAUUUUAUAGUUAUAUUUUCGAUAUAGCAGAUUACUUUUAUUUUCUGUAGAGUUUUUUCUUUAAAGAAAAACCUGACUGCAGUUAUGAGCUCUGCUAUAUCUACAUACAAUUUUUUUUUAAUUCUGUUUGAGGAUUAUUAAAACCACACAUUGGGUAAGCCUGUUUUUCCUCUCUUAAUCUACUUAAACUAAGUGUAGUAUUUACUUAAAUUAAUUUAAAAAAAUCGCAAUAAUUGUAGCGUGUGGAGUGUCAAUAUUUUGAUUUUUUGUCUUCUAUAACAUCUGCUUAAUAGCUCGGUUCUUAUACCACAUUCAGUGCCACAUCAAAUUAAUUAAAAAUUUUCAAAUCGCAGAGGUCACCGAAGCCGAGAAAUACAGAAACACCAAUAAUAGAAAAAGUUGUUUCUAAUAGCGUUCGCUCCUCAGCAGACAAUGGCAAUCCUCCGAGUGAAUUUCUGCCAAGCUUCAAAAGCUCCUCAUAAAAAUCAUCUAUCUUUCGUAGGCGGCAUAAAACUGUAAGUCCCCCCAUUUGUGGAACAACAUCAAGAUGCACACCACAAAUAGGAGGAGGAGCUCAGUUAAUCACCCAACAAAUGGUUUAAGUGCCAAUUAUAUAUUUUAUAUGUAUGUACGUAUAAAAUCGAAGAUAUGGCAAGCCCGAUUCUCUCAACGCUCUCAAACUACUGCUUCAUAAGUUAAGUCCAAUUUUAACUAAGCGGUAAUGCAACUUUCCUUAUAUCAGGUUAGGCAAAAUAUUACGUAAAGUAAAUUAAGUCUAGACAAACUGAGCUCUUAGUUAUUUAAAAUCUAAAAGUUCUUGAGUCUUUUGUGGUAAGUUUGUUUUGACUAACUCUCACUCUUAAAUGACUCAACUCUCUUACUAACUUUUAAUUCUUAAAUAGCAGAUUGGCAUACAAUUUUAGUAAACUAAGCUAAGUGAAUUAAGUCUAACCUAACUGAGCAAGCAUGAUUUCUCCAUGCCAAUCAAUUUCUGAUUUUAUAAUGCUGGUGUGAUUCAAAUUGACAAGAAAAAUAAUUCGUUUUCUUGGUCGCUUAUCGCAUGUUUGCGGUAUUCAAAUAUUUUUUCUUUAUCAAUUGUAUAACAAAUUAUCCAUUAACGCAGAAUUUCCACAAAGAUAAAGUUAUUAGUUCAUUGUUUGUAUACAUACAGAAUUAUAGCGAUUUUAGACAGCAAGGGUUAAACUUUUUUACUUUGAAAAAAAUGUAUACAAACGCACUUGUAUAACUACCGAUCCAUCUUUUUUAUUAAACAAACAUUUUUAAAUCCAGUUUGAUGAUGAUUACUAAAAUGAACACUUACAACGCACAUGAAUCUUGAAAAUAGUCCACAUGUAUGUAUAUAAAAAGGAAUAAUUAUUCCAUUGCGAUUUGUUCUUGCUGCUGCCUUAGUUAUAAUGCAAACUCAUUUCAGAAAUUGAUCUUUAAAUUAAUUCAUGCAAAUAUUAUAUUUUUACAUUUUUAUUCGCUUUUGUGUAACUUUAGUUCUUAAAAAAUCAACUUCCAACGCGCAGAGCUUCAAAUCAUACAGUGGUGGACAAAAGUUUUCGGCUUUACUAUUAGACAAAUAUUCAAAGAAGAAAACUAGAUUUGCAAUGAAAAAAUAAAUAAAUAUUUAAGAAAAUGUAUUAAAUAUUUUAAGAAAUCAAUUUCGAAUUAAUUUAACAAGUUGCGGCAGUGCAGAUGUAUGGGGAAAUGAAAAACAUGAUGAAUUCAAUUUAAAAUGACAUAACUGCUAAAGAGGCAUUUGACUGAUGCCGAUAAUUUCAAAAAUGCACCAAAAAGCACGAUCAAUAAGCAAAGAUUUGCUUGGAAGAAUAGUUGGCUCUCAGUGGAUUUUUAGAGAAUUAGCUGUUAAGCUGACGUAAUUCUGGAUUUUUGUUAAAAUAUUUUUGUUUCCAAAAAACUGUUUUUUUUUUAUAUAUUCUUUAUUACAUUUAUACAUUUCAUUUUUUUUAACAUUUUCGCAAUUUCGACACUCUGAGCUUAGUUCACUCACACACACAACUAUAAGUUUUCAUACAAAACCAUCUGCCAUUCGAAGGCGCACGAAAACCAGCAUUCUUGAUGUAAAAGACAUACCGUCCGCCAGCCGCUGUAUCCUAUGAACUAUCAACAGACAGCGACCGGUAUUCAUCACUUAUUAACACAUCCAUAAACUCUCAGUCCUUGGAUGCCGUAAUUGGAGACCAGCCACCACGCAUAGACUAUGACAGCGUAGGUAGGUUGAUUAAAAUGGCAGUCGGUCUUUCAACCAACUCAAUCAAACCGUUGCCGAUCCAUUGAGAUACCACAGUAGCAGUUUACCUGCUAUUCCUUGUUAAACAAUUGUAUUUUAAGUGCUAACCCGUCGAUCUGGCUGACGCUUACAACGUGGUCAGUAUCACCCAAGAACGAUGAUCCAAAGUAUCUAAACCUAGUGACUUGACAUGCAAGGCCAUCUUGUGUCGGUUGAAGUGAAAAUGCUACUUGUGCCACGCAAUUUGUAGGUUGAGAGGGGUACACCUACAAUCUCCAUGUCUAGAGCGAGGUGAGUGGCAGUGCGCUCCCUUGCUUAUUCGCUCCCAUAUCAAGAGGAUGCGGUAAUAUUCCGCCCUCUCGUUAAGAGAUGCCCGGCAUUUGCGAGCAAUAAUAGAAUUGGUAAUCCCACCACGAGAUUUAAUCGCCGUUUGGCUAUCGGAGUAAAUAUAGAUUUCUCUAAAGUUAGUCACAUUUUUGCCUAACGAGACUUACUUUAUUAAUGACUAGAAUUUCAGUCUGAAAUACGCUAUACUGAUUAGGAAUCGAGCCCAAAUGCUUACUUUUGUUUUCUCACAGUAAACGCUAAAGCCAACUUUAUCGAACGGCUUUGAGCCAUCAGUCAAGAAUCAUAGGUAGUUUUUCUUACCAGGUGUAUUGUUAAUCCAUUCACAUCUAUCUGGAAUUCUAUAUGUAGUGCAAAAUAACCUAUUAAAAUAGGGUUCAUCCAAACAAUAGUCAAAAGGAUUUGUUGGACCAAGACCGACUGUUAUCGCCGGGUGUUCAACACCUUAGUCGCAGCAUUGAUUAGUUGCGGCUAGCCGAGCAGCAGUGUUACUUGCAUUCUGUUUACCAACCAAGUCUAGGGGAGGUAAGAAGCUAAGAGUAUUCAGAGCAUCAGAGGUUGUGGUUCUAGAGCCCCGCUGAAACGUUGAACUUUUAAAACCUGUUUUUAAUUGUAGUUGUGUUGAGAGCCAGCCACCGGACUAUAAUCCCGUAAAGGAGGACAGGUCUGAUAGCGGUCUUAUACAACCAGUGAGUGUUCUUCGGAGAAAGACCUCACCUAUAUCAUAUGGCCCUUGCGGCCUUAGGGUGCCUGCAUUAGUUAGACUGCUGCUAAAAUGAGGUAGAUACUAAAAUUUUGGCAUACUGCUAUCAAUAAGCCACUUAUAGGUAUAUGUAGGUAGUCGUACUUCGCUGCUAAAUUUCGCAUACUUUCUGCCAGCUAAAAACCGAAUUGUUAUCAUAGAUAAAUUUAAUUGCGCUGAAUUGAAUUUAAAUUAUUUCAAUAAAUGAAAUCCAUUAUUUAGUUCCUUUUUGUAUGGGCUUUCAUACCAUUUUAUUAUAUAUUAGUAUAACGCAUUGCCGAAAACUUUUGCGCACCACUGUAUAUUUACUUGCUGAGUUUAAGUACGCUAUUAUUUAGAAAUAUUAAAAAAAAAUAAUCUUUUAAUCGAUUUUUUCAAACACUAUUUCACUGAAAGUUCAUUCGAUCUAUGGUACAUACAUACAUAUGUACAUACACAUACAUACAUAUGUAUGCAUAUGAAUGUCUACUCUAAUAUACAGAUGUACAAAAGUUAAUACAAGUGUAAAGCGUGAACUAUGUAUGUAAUUGCAAACGAGUUGAGCACAUAAAAAUCAUUCAAAUCACAUUUAAAUAAUUUCGUCUAAAUGAACAUUUCUAACCGAAAAAAAAUCAAACUUCUAAAAAUGAAGAAAAUAAAUUUCUUAAACAAAUGUAAAAUAAAUAUACAUACACAUACGCAAUUAAGUAUAUACACGCCUAUACAUACAUACAUACUUAUAUAUAAACAAAAGAAAUAAAUUUAUUGAUAAAUGUACUAUAACCUGAGCCCUUUUAGGAUCUUCUAGCCGUAAAUACUUACAUAUACAUAUAAAUAUUUACAUACACACAAUUGUAUACAAUUUAAGUUUUAAUAGUCGUUUAUCCAAAGCUUCCUUUCAACUUAAUUUAUAUACAUACGUACUUACAUAUUAUAAUAAAGCAUACGUACAUACAUACAUACGUGUGUACUUGUAUUUGCAUUCGUAUACAUAAUUUGUGUAGAAAAAACACUCAUUUAGUAACAUAAUAUUGUACUUACAAACAUACAUACCUACUUUCAUACAUACCAACUUACGUACAUACAUACAUAUGUAUAUGAAAAAAGAAGAGUGAAGUGUGAGAGGAACAAUUUUGUUGAAUUUUAUGUAGAUUUUAGCUAUUAGCCUGUUGAAAAAAAAAACGAAAAAAAAUAAAAAUGAUCAUCCCUCACAGUGAUCACAU